ACUCCAGAGCUUAGGCAACGAAGAUGGAUCCACUCAAGUCAGCCCUGAAGAGCUUGUUGCCAUCCUAUGGAACGAUACCACAGAAUCUAGUAACAGCGGCACAAAACCUGCAAUCACAAAGCAUGAAGAAAAUCCCACAUUUGAAGCCGGCGGAGGAGAGUGGGAGGCUAUACAUCUGUGCUCAUCUAGCUUGCGAGAGGUUAACCACAUCACUAAACCUCCCUGAUUUAACACCCCAACCCCCAAUGCCACCAAAAACCUACAAGACCCUCCUCGCACAAUUCCGCACCGCACUGGAAAGCGCAACGACACCUUCCACCCGCCGUCGAUCAUCCCGUGCAGAAUCUGGGACACCUACGUCGACUUCUUCCCACGUUGUUGACGUCGCGAGUGGGGAGAUUAGAGCACUGUGCACGAAACUCGGCGCGACGACGGGGAUUGUGCAUAUCAUCUCCCUCGUCACGAAACUCCUCCCGCUCCAUCCCCGGGCUGAAUCUCGCGCGGGCGUCAUCGCAGCCGCAUACGUCCUCGUCCAUCAGCGACUCAGCACUCCCACUAACAACACCAGUACCGAUAUCAUCACCGCGCCUCCCGCCUCCCUCUCGAGAGCACAGCGGAAGGGGUUAUUGGAUGCCCUGGGUGGUGUAUUACAAACCAAAGAACUGGAUAAAUGGGUCGAGAUCGUCCGGGAGGACUGUGAGGGGCACGAUUGGCUUGAUGGCAUUCAGCCACAACAGUCGCCUACUAAGAAACCCACGCCGGGUUCUGGCGCUGAUACCCCCUCACGGAAACGAAAAGCGGCAGACCAAGUCCACGACGACAUUGGUACCCCGACCCCCACAUCAACACCCGCAAACUCUGCAAUGGCACUCGCCGCGACCACGCGAAACAAAACACAAACCCGCGCGAUAAGUGGUAUUGGGAGCAUGAUCGUCCCACAGGUUGAUUACUUGAGUGAGAGGAGGGUGAAGGAGUAUGAAGUUUGGAAAAAGGGUGUGAUGGAGAAGGUUGAUGCGGUGGAGAAGGAGAGGGAGAGGGAGGAGGAGGGUGAUGUGGUGAUGGCUGAUGUGUGAUUUGUGGGAGGGAUGUGUCGAGGGGUGUUUGAAAACUGGGACUAUCGUGGCGUUUUUGACCUUUUUAUUACAUACCCGGUUACCCUACCCUGGCAACACGAUUGUCGGACGCGUC